CUUUCAGUGCAGCCGGCGAGCGGAGAUCCUCCCAGUUCCCCCCUUUUUCCCUCCCCCUCCCCCGCCUUUGGGGUGAGGGCAUCUCAGAUGUCCGAGUAACCACGGUUCUGGGCUCUAGGCAGCCUCUGUCUGUAGCAGCUGGGCCGGCGGGCCCGGUGCCCCCCGUGCCCCCUCCCAAACCCAAUGCCUCUGCUUUAAUAACAAGGGCCGACUCCCCUCUGAAGUCCUCCCCUUCGUCCUCCCCUCCCCCUUCCCCUUCCCUGUCCCGUCUAACUCUGGCAUCAUGAACGAUCAGUACCACAGGGCCGCCCGGGAUGGCUACUUGGACCUUCUCAAAGAAGCCACCAGGAAGGAACUUAAUGCUCCAGAUGAAGAUGGCAUGACCCCUACCCUCUGGGCCGCCUACCACGGUAACCUGGAGUCGCUGCGUCUCAUUGUCAGCCGAGGAGGUGAUCCGGACAAAUGUGACAUCUGGGGCAACACUCCUCUGCACCUGGCGGGCUCUAACGGGCACCUGCACUGCUUGUCCUUCCUGGUGUCCUUUGGGGCCAAUAUCUGGUGCCUGGACAAUGACUACCACACGCCCCUGGACAUGGCAGCCAUGAAGGGACACAUGGAGUGUGUGCGCUACCUGGACUCCAUCGCUGCCAAGCAGAGCAGCCUGAACCCCAAGCUUGUGGGCAAGCUGAAAGAGAAAGCUUUCCGCGAAGCCGAAAGGCGCAUCAAAGACUGCGCCAAAUUGCAGCGCAAGCACCACGCGCGCAUGGAGCGGCGUUACCGGAGAGAGCUGGCGGAGCGGGCGGACACCAUGAGUUUCUCCAGCCUCUCUUCCAGCACCCUGAGCCGGCGCCUGCAGAAUUUGUCCCUGGCCAGCCACCUCCCCUAUUCCCAGGCCACCCUCCACGGGACCGGCCGAGGGAAGACCAAAAUCCAGAGGAAGCUGGAGCGCCGUAAGCACGGCGAGGGAACUUUCAAGAUCUCAGAGGACGGGAGGAAAAGCAUCCGCUCUCUGUCCGGGCUGCAGCUGGGCAGUGACGUGAUGUUUGUCCGACAGGGGACCUACGCCAACCCUAAGGAGUGGGGCCGCUCUCCGCUCCGGGACAUGUUCCUUUCGGAUGAGGACAGCCUCUCUCGCGCCACCCUGGAGCCCGGCUUCGGGGCCGAGUCCGCCCACUCGGAGGUCAGCACCGACUCGGGCCAUGACUCUCUUUUCACCCGCCCCGGGCUGGGGACCAUGGUGUUUCGGAGGAACUAUGUAAGCAGCGGGCUUCAGGGGCUGGGGCGGGAAGACGGAGGGAUGGACGGGGCAGGCACUCUGCGCGUCCGGAUGAGACACUCUCCCAGCCUAGAUGAUGAUAGCAUUGGCAGUGCCAACAGCUUGCAGGAGCGCCUUGAUGAACUACCGUGGGAUGAGUUUGACCUGGGCUUGGAUGAGGCUCUGGAGCCAGAGACCAGCCCUCUAGAGACUUUCCUUGCCUCCCUGCAUAUGGAUGACUUUGUGGCCCUCUUGAGACAGGAGAAGAUUGAUCUGGAUGCCCUAAUGCUCUGCUCUGAACUAGACCUCCAUAGCAUCAGCAUCCCCCUAGGUCCCAGAAAAAAAAUCUUGGGGGCCAUCAAACGGCGGCGCCAGGUGCUGGAGAGGCCCCCUGCCCUGGAGGACACAGAGUUAUAAUGGAGGGGCUUUUGCCCCAAACCAACGAAUUGCAAAUUGCCACAGAUCUCGGUGGGACUACGGAGGCC